AGAUGGCAGCCUACAGUGCGUGCAUGUGUUUUGUGCAAAGAUGUCAUGUGCUGAAGAAGUCUGUGUCUCUUGUAACAGUGUAUAACACACGACAACAGUGUUUGCAUUCACAACUUCUUAACCGAAGAAAAAUAAUUCCAACGCAGUCAAGUAUUGUUUUAUUGUAUUCCACUAAAAAAUCGGACAAUGUCAAAGGACUCACUGAUGAAAUCUUGAAGGCCAAAAUUCUUGCAGAGAAAAGUAAAGAACAGAGCUCUUCCGAAAACAAAAGUAAUCCUGAAAAAUCAAAAGAGGAAGACACGAAACAGUCACGCUGGUCCAGGUGGACGGGGAAGAAUGCAUGGAAGCUCGGGUUAGGUCUUUUAGGAGGAUGGGCUGUUAUGACAGUAGGAGGGUUUGUUUAUCUGUACGGUGCACCUCCAAUAGACCCAGAUGGAAAUGUAGUUGAAGAUGAGUUUACUGAAUUGUCCAAAAUAGAAGCUCACAUGAGAAGGGCGGCUAGAGAACUGUCAGUGUUUAGGAAGACAAUACAAGAUCCCUCUCGUGACAAGUUGUUACCAGAUCCUCUACAGUACCCAUAUGUUCAGCCACCCUACACUCUGGUCCUGGAGAUGACAGGGGUACUGGUCCACCCUGACUGGACAUAUGGCACUGGCUGGCGUUUCAAAAAGAGGCCUGGUGUAGAGUACUUCCUGCAGCAGGUUGGGCCACCCAUGUUCGAAAUCGUCAUCUACACAUCUGAGCAAGGCAUGACGGCUGAUCCGUUGGUAAACAACCUUGACCCAAAUGGCUUUGUUAUGUAUCGACUGUACCGGGAUGCCACUCGCUAUAUGAAUGGCCAUCAUGUCAAGGACUUGUCCUGUCUGAACCGCGACCUGUCCAGGGUGAUCGUGAUAGACUGGAACAACCGAUCCUACCAACUCAACCCGUCCAACGCCUUCCCCAUCAAGAAGUGGACUGGCAAUGAUGAGAACCGAGACCUCAUCGAUCUCGCACAUUUCCUUCGAGCGCUGGCAUCAAGUGGCGUAGAAGACAUCCGACCAGUGAUGGAGUACUACAGCAAGUUUGACAACCCCCUCGAGAUGUUCAAGGAGAACCAGAGGAAACUACAGGCAGAGCAGGAAAAACAGCUCAUGAUUCAGAAGGAUCAACAAAAGAAAAAAGUUGGGGGGUCUUGGGGCCUGAAUCCAUUCCGCAGAUGAUGUCGUUGAUUAUAUAAGCCAAUCACAUCAAAGCAUUUUGCUGCAGCACUAUUACUACCAAGAUGAAUAUUAUGUAUCAAAUGUGAGCUGUAAAUACACGAAGUGUUCAAGGUGUGCAUGAUUAGAUGGCAGGAAGCUUGAGUUGCUGCCUUUCUUUAGGAAUUAUUGUGUUGGAUGUCAAGUGAAUUCAUUGGCUGAACAGUGGUCUUUGGUUAGGGAGUUAUUUCCAUGUAUCACAUACUUCGGUCAGAUUACUUUAAAUUUUAAGGGAAUUCAUUGGCUGAACAGUGGUCUUCUGUUAUGGAGUUUUUUUCAAUGUAUCAAAUACUACGGUCAGAUCAUUUUGAAUUCAAGUGAAUUCAUUGGCUGAACAGUGGUCUUCUAUUAGGGAGUUAUUUCCACGUAUCACAUACUUCAGUGAGAGUACUGAUUACCUACUGCAUUACGUUAUGAAAAUAUGACCAGUACAUCAACUAGGAGUGUAUCAAACAUCAAUAUAUUACAAUCUACAAUAUUAGUAUAACGGGAGGGGUUUAAACAUAUUGUCGAUCAUAUGCGUGUCAAUCAAUAGUGACAAUAUUCACAGUUAGUUAUAAAUAAAACAGCUUACGUGUUUAAAAAUUCUUAUACAGUUGCAUGUCAAAUGUGUCCAAAGUUGUCUGGCAAGAAUGAAGACAACUUCAGAUUAGAUUUGGCCGACUUUGGCAUGGUCGGCAAUUCUUUAUUCAUUUCUGUAACAUUGAGUAAUAUAAUCAUCAGCCAUACAACUUGUUUAAAACUAUCUCCAUACUACUGUAACAGUUGACAACAAUUAUGAUACUUUUUGCAAUAGUGUGGGAUACUAUUCCAAUACAAUGCCACUUUUGAAAAUAACCCAGUAGUCAUCCUCAGCAGAUUUGUUGACAGUGAAGGAAAUUCGGAAAUAAAACAGUUUAUCUUUAA